AUGCAUGGCUUGAUAGGGUCGGUAGCUCCUGCUGGACAUGCUCAGCGACUUCAACAUCUUCGGCGGACACAGUGCCCAUUUGCUUUUCGGGCACCUAUCCCUGCCAUUGGACAACGUUGGUUUGGACCGCAUGUAAAUGCCUUUGUGGCCAUGCUCGGUGCUGGCACAGCGCUGCAGCGCCGUCUAAGAACUUCAGUGCCGAUGUCCAUUGGUCCGAAGCCUGUUUGGGAUGCCACAGGUGGACCUGCCAUCCAUGGUGCUACUGGUGGAAAGCCGAGAUUGGACAAAGGAAAGCUACAUCGUGUUGUGUGGAUGUGCUGGACAGGCAACAAUCCAAUGCCACCACACCUAGAACUCUGUCUUCAAACAGUGAGAAGAAACGCGGGCUUGCCUGUGAUCCUCAUCACUCCACAGAAUGUUGCUGAAUAUGUGCCAGAUCCACAUCCAGCUUACCCAUACUUACACCUUGCACAUAGAGCAGACUACUUGCGUUGUUACCUGCUUCACAAUUAUGGCGGAGUCUAUCUUGAUGUCGACACAAUAUGCCUUCGCAGCCUUGAAGGUCUGUAUGACUUGCUUGAAAGCAACCAGUGUGAUGCAGUUGGAUAUGAUGGAGCGCAGUGGGGUGAAUUGAUAGGAGUCUCGGACAUGGGCCCUUUCCGUCCACACUCUCCCUUGACAGAGCUUUGGUUCAAUGCCUUGCAUGGGAGACUUGAGGAGAAGCUUCCAGCGAUCUUGACCCAAAGGACGGAUGUGUUCUACUGGCAGGAAAUCCUGAGAGACGUGUUCGUUCCGGUUACCCUGGUUCACAGCCAGCGCGUCAGCAAGGCACUGAUCGCAAAGAAUCCCGAGAAGGAAGAGUUGUGGGCCGUCCAACCUUUUCGAGAAGUACUAGAAGCACAAUUGAGUGCCCACGUGCUGAUUCUGAACAAUGCCAAGUACGGAGAUGAAUUGGGCCAACUGUCGGAGGAGCAGAUAUUGGGAGGUCCUGCAGUUCUGAGCCAACUACUGCGCCAUGCUUUGGGAUUGCCAGUGUAA